UGUACAUUGGCCUAUUGAGCUCAUGUUUCUUGUCCCGGCUGAGGUUCCAAGAACCCGAGCAAGCUAAAUUAGCAAGCAAACAUGAUCACUGAGAAAUUAUUUUCUCUCGAUCUUUGUUGUCAACAACUUAUUACUUUAAGGCAGCAUUUUUGUUCCUGAUGGAAGCUUAGACCGGUGUUAACACCCCCCAGCAGUACAAUUCUUUGGCAAUGGAAGAAAGUGCCCAUCUCAAGAUGCCAUCAGAAGACACUGAGUCACCUUGGUCCUGGAUUCCACUGAUGAAGGAUCCUGGCUGGAUCCGAAAUGUCUGGACCCGUAACCUGAAUGCACAAACCAUGAAUUACGUUGGGCAGUUAGCAGGCCAAGUCUUCGUGACUGUGAAAGAACUCUAUAAAGGAUUAAAUCCUGCCACCUUGUCUGGGUGCAUUGACAUCAUUGUUGUCCGCCAACCUGAUGGAAAUCUUCACUGUUCCCCUUUUCAUGUACGCUUUGGAAAGAUGGGAGUUUUGCGUUCAAAGGAAAAAGUGGUUGACAUAGAAAUUAAUGGAGAAUGCGUAGAUUUGCACAUGAAAUUAGGGGACAAUGGAGAAGCCUUUUUCGUUGAGGAAACAACUAAUGACCAGGAUACAAUUCCAUACCAUCUGGCUACAUCUCCCAUUCUGACUGAUGGAGCAGCUCUCAUGGAAUCACAGAUGAAGAGAAAUUCCAUUGACCGAAUACGAAAUGUGGAUUCGUCCAGCCCCUCCCAAGUAUCCAACUCUGCUUCUCCAUCCGCAAUAGACUCCACUACUGCGGGUAGCUCUGUAAAGAAAAGAAGGAAGAGAAGGAGGAAAUCCACCCACAGAAUAGACAUUGUAAAAAGAGAUACCAAUGAAGAUACCACAGAAGAUGAAAACAUGUUUCCUAUAGAACUGAGUUCAGAUGAAGAAAAUGAGCUACUAGAUAACGCAAGAACAUCUGUCCAUGACCUGAAUAGAGAUGAGUUGCCUGAUAUAAAUUCUGCUUCAAUCAGUGUACUUCCUCACCACCAUUCAGAUGGAGAAUGGUCUCCCAUACAAAGUAAUCCUAUAGCUUGCUCAGGGAAGUCCUCUCAUCUUACUGUUCCGACAGAGGGAGGCUUAUCUAGUUCUUGUCCUCAGCCGUCUUCUCAGUAUCCUGCUACAGACAGUCGGCAAGGUUCACGGCCUCCUACUCCUAAAAGUGAUUCUGAAUUAGUCAGUAAACCAUUGGAAAGAGGCAUACAGAAGAAUAACCCUCAGAUGCAUUGGGACUGGGGAGAACUACCUCAAGCCACAAAGUCUGCUGUUCUUCUCAAACCAAAAGAACCCAGCCCGGUGAAUGCGAAUCCUUCUGAAAACACUCACUUUCGAGUGAUUCAGAGCAACACUUCUGAAGAAUGUAGUAGCUCGUCUCCCUUACCAGCCCUUGGAGAUCCCAGUACUGUGACUUUUGACGACACAGAAUUGCGGGCAACAGUAGCUGAGAUAAAUGAACCAGAUAUAGAUGCUUUGGGGGCAGCUGCACCUCCACUCCCUGUCAAUGAGGAAAUAAAGCAGGCUCCAACUUGCUCCACACAGCCAUCGAGCAAAACAGAUUCUCCCUCCAGAAAAAAAGAUAAGCGGAGUCGACAUCUUGGUGCGGAUGGAGUAUAUUUAGAUGACCUCACAGGCAUGGAUCCAGAGGUUGCUGCGCUGUAUUUCCCUAAAAAUGGUGAUAACACUGUCCACUCCAAGAAUGCCAGUGAAGCUGCGCCUCGCUCAGCAAACCAGUCCCCUCAAUCAGUUGGAAGUUCAGGAGUAGAUAGUGGAGUGGAGAGCACCUCCGAUGGGAUCCGAGACUUGCCAUCCAUUGCCAUUUCACUCUGUGGGGGUCUUACCGACAACAAAGAAAUUUCUAAAGAAAAGUUUUUAGCCCAAGAAGUGUCCUAUCAGCAGUUUGUGGACAAUCCAGCUAUCAUUGAUGACCCCAACCUUGUGGUGAAGAUUGGAACUAAAUAUUACAACUGGACGACAGCAGCUCCCCUCCUGUUGGCAAUGCAGGCAUUCCAGAAGCCUUUGCCAAAGUAUUCUUGCUUGAGUUUCUUCAGUGCAGUCCUGGAUACCAUUAGGUUUUGCUUUGAUAAGAUAUGUGGUCAGCCGACAGCCACUGUGGAUUCUAUAAUGAGGGAUAAGAUGCCCAAAAAAGGUGGACGAUGGUGGUUUUCAUGGAGAGGGAGGAAUAGUUCUAUCAAGGAGGAAACAAAGCCAGUUCCAGGUCUGAGUGGGAAAGAAGCUGCGGACAUUGCAGACAGAGUUAAAGAGGAGUCGUCCUCAAGUGAUGAAGAACUCAGAGCUGCAAAACAAUCCAUUGGAUCGUUAUCUUCAAGCUCUGGUCACCUCUCGCUGUUGCCUGCAGUAGGUUACAAAAAGACCCUUCGACUCACUUCAGAACAGCUGAAAAGCCUAAACCUUAAGAAUGGUCCCAACGAUGUGAUUUUUAGUGUCACAACACAAUAUCAGGGAACAUGUCGCUGUGAAGGCACCAUCUACCUAUGGAACUGGGACGACAAGGUCAUUAUUUCUGACAUUGAUGGCACAAUCACUAGGUCAGAUACUUUAGGCCAUAUUUUGCCCACGCUUGGCAAAGACUGGACGCAUCAAGGCAUUGCCAAAUUGUACCAUAAAGUCAGCCAAAAUGGGUACAAAUUCCUGUACUGCUCAGCCCGUGCUAUAGGGAUGGCAGAUAUGACCCGAGGAUAUUUGCACUGGGUCAACGAACGGGGAACAGUAUUACCUCAAGGCCCUGUGUUGCUGAGUCCCAGCAGCUUGUUCUCAGCUUUUCACAGAGAGGUGAUUGAGAAGAAGCCAGAGAAGUUUAAAGUUCAGUGUCUAACUGACAUCAAAAACCUGUUUCAUCCCAACUCAGAACCAUUUUAUGCUGCUUUUGGCAACAGGCCAGCUGAUGUGUACUCAUACAAGCAAGUGGGAGUCUCACUCAACAGAAUAUUCACUGUAAAUCCUAAAGGCGAGCUAAUCCAAGAACAUGCAAAGACCAAUAUUUCAUCAUAUGUGAGACUCUGUGAAGUGGUCGAUCAUGUAUUUCCUUUGCUGAAAAGAAGCCAUUCUUCUGACUUCCCAUGUUCAGAUACCUACAGUCAGUUCACAUACUGGAGGGAACCGUUGCCACCUUUUGAAAAUCAGGACGUUCAUUCUGAGACACCGUAACUGCUUCCGGCCUUUCCUGUC